AAGACAUUCAGCUGUCUGGUGUAGAUAUGUAGUAUACACGAUAACGAGAAACGUAACCGUUGAAUUAUAAAGUUUAUGGAAUAAUGUGUCCAUAAUACGGAAAACUUUUCACAGAGAACAAAAACUGACCACACCAUUGAAUCCCUGUAUAGUAAUCCAUGUCACGAACGAUGCGGACGCCAUCUGUUGUAUUUUGACGUCCUGUAUUCAACUUGAACGCCAAUACCAUCUAUCGAACACCUGUUGCAGUUCCUACCUGUCACUGCACACAGUAUGGUUUCGUCCAUUUUAUUCAAAUAGAACUAUCAAUUUCUCCAGAAAGAAAUUAAAAUCAUAUCAUAGAGGUCCCCAGCCCAAGAGUUCACCUUGCUAUCGAGUGCCGAAGUCGGGAAGUGAACUGAAUUUGACGAUGAUAACGGCGAUACUGGUUAUAACAUUUGUCGGUUUGGUGCAUGGGAUGGCGCACGGACAGCGUGAUGCAGUUGACAUUAUAGCAUCACUAACUCGUCGAAUAGAACGACUUGAAGCUCAGUAUGCAGUAAUUAGUAAUGACAAUAUCAAAUUACGAUCGUUAUUAGACUCUCAACCUUCUCUGAAAAGGAGGGAUGUAUCACACAGUGUGAUAUCCGGUGAACGAAAUGAUGUGGAUGACACAAGCAGCGAUGCAGGGAAAAACGGCAAUAGCGAUAUCAGGAGGCGAAUGAACGCAAUGGAAAACAAGGUAGACAGGUGCUCACGAACAAAUGCAGACAUUGAGAAAACAAUGGAAGAAUUAAACAACAGAAUUACCAACGAAUUGUCACUCCGGGCGAAUGAAGCAAGGGACACAGUUAUGAAGGCAAACGAAUUAAUUGACGAGUAUAUUAACUUAACAAAUCAGACAGGUUCUAAGAAGUGUGCCUUUUCUGGGGUGAGGACGUCAGUACUGCUUGGCUCAGCAGAAUCCCAAAUUAUAACGUAUGAUGAAUUGUAUGCCAACAAGGGGAAAGAUUUUGACAUUGAUACAGGCAUAUUUACCUGUCAGGUACCUGGCAUUUAUUAUUUCUCUUUCACGAUGAGAUCGUAUGAUAACUAUCAUAUUGGUGUUACUUUGGUGAAAAAUAGUAGCCCACAGGUUUCCAUGAUAACCGAUGCCAGUGACAGGAAAGUGAUGCAGUCUCAAAGUGUCAUGCUGGAUUUGUUGAUUGGUGACAGAGUGUGGUUACAGCUUGGCCCUCACAAAUAUUUUGCCGUUUAUAGUGACGAUAAGAAAUAUAUUACAUUUAAUGGAUUUGUUCUUUACCCAAACUACAUCUAACAAUACAAUAACAUGUGUUUACAAGGGUAGAACAAGUAGCAUCAGUGUGAUGUGUAAUGUCUACAGCAAUAUCAAACUCAAUUUUAAAUGACUAGCCUGUACACUUGUUGAGCAAAUAAUGUCUCAGUUAAAGUUGUAGGUUAUAUAAGGUUAUUUGAUUAUUUGUGUUUUCUUUUGCUUUAUUGUACAUUUUUUUUACAAAUUUUAACAUGUGAUAUAAAAGUAAUUUUGCUUAUGGCUGCAAAUUCACUGUAUAAAGAAU